AUGGUGGAAGUGUUGGACCAACCGGACAUUGGGGAGCAUGGACAGUCGCUGUCUGGCAAGCUUGCGCCCUCUCUUAGAUUCCGGAACGAUGGGACCAAAGGGCAUACAGAAGUCAUUGUGCCUCACCUAACAGAAUCGUACAACAGUCAUCGAGAUCCACCUGAAGAAGAAAUACCAUUUUGUACUUUAAAGUCUUUCCCAGCUGCCACUGAGCACACAAUACAGUGGGCAAGAGACAAGUUUGAAAGCGCUUUUUCACACAAGCCUUCCCUGUUUAACAAGUUUUGGCAAACGUAUCCAUCAGCAGAAGAGGUGUUACAGAGAAUAAAGUCUGGCGAGAGUUUGGAAGGCUCUUUCCAAGUUAUUAAAUGCCUUAGUAGAAGGCCCAGAAGUUGGCCCCAGUGUGUUGAAUUAGCAAGAUUAAAGUUUGAGAAAUAUUUUAAUCAUAAGGCACUCCAGUUACUUCAUUCAUUUCCCAUAGACACACGAUUAAAAGAUGGCAGUUUAUUUUGGCAGUCACCAAAGAGACCGCCUUUCCCGAUACAGUUUGAUAUCAACGAUCCUUUGCACUACAGCUUCAUAUUGAGUACAGCAAAAUUAUUUGCAGUUAUUUACUGCAUCCCUUUUACAGAAAAGGAUAUGUCAGAAGAAACCAUUUUAAAGAUCAUUUCCGGACUGAGGAUUCAAGAGUUUCGGCCUUCUAACAAAGUUGUACAAACAGAUGAAACAGUGAGGAAACCAGAUCCCAUUCCGAUAAGCAGUGAGGAUGAAAGGAAUGCUGUACUUCAGUUGGAGACUGCCAUAUUGGCCAAUGAAGCUACAAAAAAUGAUUUACAAAUGAAGGAACUCGCUUUUGAAAAGGAUGAUGACAGUAACGGGCACAUAGACUUCAUAACAGCAGCUUCAAAUCUGCGAGCCAAAAUGUAUAACAUUGAACCAGCAGAUCGGCUCAAAACAAAACGGAUUGCCGGAAAGAUUAUCCCAGCCAUUGCAACUUCCACAGCGGCUGUGUCUGGCUUGGUUGCUUUGGAAUUGAUCAAAAUUGUGGGUGGCUACCCCUUUCAGGCAUACAAAAACUGCUUUUUCAACUUGGCCAUUCCGAUAAUUGUCUUCACAGAAACAGCUGAAGUGAGGAAAACUGAAAUAAGAAAUGGAAUAUCUUUUACAAUCUGGGAUCGAUGGACUAUUUAUGGGAAAGAUGAUUUCACACUCUUGGACUUCAUAAACGCUGUCAAAGAGAAAUACGGAAUUGAGCCAACUAUGGUGGUGCAGGGAGUUAAAAUGCUGUAUGUUCCUGUAAUGCCUGGGCAUGUCAAAAGAUUAAAGCUGACGAUGCAAAAACUUGUGAAACCAGCAGCGAAUAAGAGGUAUGUGGACCUUACAGUAUCAUUUGCUCCAGAAACAGAUGGUGAAGAAGACUUGCCGGGACCACCAGUUCGAUACUAUUUUGCCCACGAAAAUAACUGAUGCAGGCCUACCGUUUACAGCAUAGCAGGACCACAUGCAAGGAGUGUGGCACCAUUUUUUAAAUGGUACUAUAUACUUGGUGAAGCCUUAAUUCAGAAACAAAACAGUGGAAAUUUGUGAGAUGUACUAAGGAGCUCCAUAGCAAAUCGGACUUUUAAUUUCCUUGUAUGUAGCAUUUUCAUAGCUAUCUAUACCUAAGGAGGACUGGAAGCUUGCUGGAAAUGAUGGUUCUUUUUGAAGAAAACACACUUAUUAAGCACUGCAGGAAGACCAGAACUGCAAUCAUAAAACCUGAUCACAGACACUGACCAUUAAAGGAGGUGGCAGUUGAGAUUUGAAGAAGCUGCCAAUUUAUACCAUCCUAAAACUGAUUUCCUUUUGUUUUGUUUCAUCUUGGCCCCUAAGCCAGUUCAUCCCGCUGACGUUCAUUUCAGUAACACAGCUAUUCUUUUUCCCCUUCUGAUGCUGAUAGCACAUUUGAAAUGUUGCUUUGGAAUAGAGUCAUAGUGAGGAGAAGCUGAGCUCUUGUAAAGUUAGGUUUUAUGUUCUUCUAAAAAUAAUAAUUAUGUCUUUCCUUGUAAAUCAGAAACAACACCAAUUCUGUUCCAGGCAGCGAUUGUCAGGGCUAGUUUGCUUUUUCGUACUGGUUUUAUUUAAUAAGCUUGGUAAUUCGUUCUUCGUAUGAAGAGUUUAGCCCAAUACAUUGAUCUGAAUUGAAAAUACAAGUGUGGGGCUUUUAGCUGAAACUUGUCAACUGCCACAUCCUUCAACUGCCACCUCGGGUCAGAGUGAACACCUGGUGACAGAACCACAUAUUUUUACACCUUGAUCUGCUUCAAUCACAUAGGAAGAAAGGGAUGGGUCCUAUUUUGGCAGUAAAAAGAAUAUACGAUGGAAGGCAUUCCUCUCUGGCCACUACUUUUCUCCCUGCAAGCCCUUCACCCCCAAGUGUUCUGCUCUGAGCCAAGCUCACUUGCAGUACUAGCCACAGACUGAUAAAGUAAGCCUGCAGUGGCAAGAGGGUGUAGCAGUCUUUGCCCACACCACUUUUCUUGCUCAAAAAUUAGCCCAUGCACCUGCCGCAUUCUUACGGAAUAGGGCAGAUCCAGGUUUAAACACACUGUUUACAUCCCCAGGAUACUGAAUUAUGCCAUCAGUGCUAUUGUCUGACCACUGGCGCUACUUGGUUGCGUAUUAGACCCCCCCCCCAUCAGCUUUUAAAGGUUUCACAAACGCUGGCCAUAACUCAACAUGGACCUUGGCAUGCUUAAGCCCAAAUCAGGGUGCUUAAAUGUGUUCAGUUCUGUGUUAGGUUGUGACCUCUUAUUUUAAAACUGCAAAAGCUUCCUGCCUGCCGCCACUUGGUGUGACAGUUCUGUAAAGCAUGUUAAUAUACAUAUUCCAUUUUGCCUGAAACGAGUGAUUAACAAAACAGUUUAGACAGCCACAUUUAAAUAGUCCUGUACAAAAUAUACUAGGAGGCAGAGAAACAACUUCGGCCAUAGUCUGUAUGAAAUGGCAGUUUGCUGCAUAUACAUCAUGGCCCAUUUUGCUCAUCUGUGUAGCACUUGAAGGGUAAUGCUGUUGCUUAUCAUCUUCUCUUCCCCUUAUUCCCCUCCAUGCUUUGCUAGAGAAGUCAAAUCCACAUUCAACACUGUUAGAGCUUUUUAAAAAAUCACCAGGUGUCUACAAAGGCUUCAGAGUGUGUCCCUAAAGUGAGUUCCUUGGUUACAUCAAUAUUUUCUGACAUUAUGACAUACAGUUUCUCCGGCUUCGUAUUUCUAAAGGCACAUGAGUACCAAAUACAUUUUUCCAUAAAUAUUUGGAAAAUAGUCUUAAAAUGUAAUUAAUGCUACACAAAUGUGUUUCCCCAAUUAUACAGAUGAUAGUUUAUUAUAUUUUGUUAUAGUUUAUAAUAUUUGAUUUGACAACUGGCUGAUUAAUUUAUUUUAACAACAAAUAUUUCUUAUGGCAGUGGGAGGUGGGAAGAUACACUUGUGACAGUGGGGCGUGGAGGGGUGCUGAAGCUUUUGUUUAUGUUGCCAUAGUGGCAAUAGAGGUAUAUAUUUCAAAUAAAAGCUUUGAUCUUCAUGCUUUAAAUACUUUUGGAAAAAGCAAAGUACCGUGAGCUCAGAAAGCUAUAGAAGAUGGGUAGAAAUAAUAAUAAUAAAAAAGAAUGGCUGUCAUGAACUUCCAGUGGAAUGCAAUGAGUGUUUUUCACAAUCUGGAUGUGAUCAUGUCUUGUACUAGCAUUAUUAUUAUUUAUUUGUCUGUGGGGUUACUAAUCAGUGUUCAAAAGUAAGAACCAGACUAUCUUUGCAUUUGCAAAAUUGCAUUUGAUGUCAUACAUCAGUAGGCUUGAAACCGAAGAACCUUUUCCAGCAAGUCUUCCUUGCAGACCUUACAGUAUAGAAAAUUACAGAACAGGUAGCAAAAACAACAUACAGAUCUCCCUACCUGUUGCGCAGCCCCUUAGUCUUAUCUUGAGGAUUAUUCUUCUCACAUAAGUGAUCUCGGAGUGAUUUCAGUUUUAGUAAUAUAGAUAGAUGUGUACACACACACACACACACACACACACACACACGGACUCUACACUUCCGCGGUUUGUGUUAUCUCUGAAUUUAUUUCAGUACAUUUUGAAGUGGGAGUGGGGUUUGUGUACACAAGAUAUGAUGUACAGCCAAAGCAGUUAUGAAAACUGCUUUUUGUCUUUUUCACAUUAAAUGAUUUGAAAACAUACAA